GGAUAGUUUAUUCAGUCUGUCCGCGACCGUGCACGAUUAUUUGUCGGGUUUUUCUGGUCGUGCGUAAGCUCUUUUAUUCUUUUUAUAUUAAUUUUAUUUAUUAUCGCUCUUGUGUUUAUGUGUUAAUUUCAAAUGUAAAUAAUGCAUUUAACAUAAAAAAAAAGGCAAUCAAGAACGGAUAUAAAGUUCGAUAAAUAAAAUAGUGAUAGUGUUUUUACAUGCCGAAUAAUCAAAAUGAGUGAGUUAUGUUGUUUUCGCGCGCUUUCCUUGCUCAUAAUUGUGCUAGGAUUUUAUUUAACACUAUGGAGUACAGAAGCAUUUAAUAUUGAAACAAGGCACUACACAUCGUACAAACAAGAAACGAAGUCUAUGUUUGGUUUUUCCGUUGCUGAAUAUCGCGACAGCAGCAGACGUGGAUGGGUAGUUGUUGGUGCACCGGAAGCCCAGACAUCACAACCAAAUGUUUACAGAGGAGGUGCCGUCUAUCGUUGUGAUGUAGCAGUUGAUGACAGUUGUGUUCCUGUGGAAUUUGAUCAUCAAGAAAAUAAUUAUAUAAAAAAUCCAAACAAACCAUACAACCUCAUCCAGAUAGACAACAAGACUUUGCAAUGGUUUGGAGCAACAGUGUCGACUUCUUUGGUAGACGGAGGACCUAUACUGGCAUGUGCACCAAGAUAUGUGUUCUUCUCUAUUUCCCAAUCGAAGAAAGACUUUGGUGAUAGUUCUAGGCCAUCCAUAGUUGGAAAUAGAAGAGAUCCAGUAGGUACUUGUUGGGUGACAAAUUUUACAUCAUCAGUUGAAUUUGCACCAUGUCGAACAAAAAAUUUUGGAUACCACAGACAAGGGUAUUGUCAGGCAGGUUUGGGAGCUGCAGUGUCUCGAGAUGGAGAGAGAGUUUUCAUUGGAGCACCUGGAAGUUGGUAUUGGCAAGGUCAGCUGUACUCAGUGAUGAGAAGAAUGGAAAAUUUUCCUUUCCUACCUCCAGGAAAUGCCUCGUUCGGUGUUUUUCAAGGACAAACAUACACCCAAAUGCUAAACAAUCGGGGCAAAGUAAUGUUUACCAAAGAAGGCUCGCCAGAAGAAGAUGACAGUUAUCUUGGGUAUUCUCUAACUUCCGGAGACUUUAUUGGCAAUGGUGACACUGGAACUGCUGUAGGAAUGCCUAGAGGGUAUAGCCUUCAUGGCAAAGUAAUUUUGCUUGAUUCUAAUAUGACGAAUCAUCAAAACAUUACUGGUGAGCAAAUGGGAGCGUACUUUGGUUACGCAUUGGCAUCAGGAGACAUUGAUGGUGAUGGAUUGGACGAUCUGAUUGUCGGAGCACCGAUGUAUACAAUACCAGACAAUCCCGAAAUGAAUAUCGAAACUGGACGUAUUUACAUAUUUUAUGGAAAAGGACCAGAUAAAUAUCGACAAUUUGUCACUAGGGAUGGAGAGAGCAAUAGAGGUCGGUUCGGGUUAUCUUUAGCUUCUCUUGGUGACGUAGAUCGUGAUGGAUAUGGAGAUUUCGCUGUUGGCGCACCUUAUGCUGGACCUGAAGGUCGUGGAGCCGUAUAUAUUUAUCAUGGUUCGCAUGAAGGCGUACUCGACGUAUAUUCCCAAGUGAUACAUGCUGAAGAUCUUAGCAACAAUGUUCGAACUUUUGGGUUCUCAAUCGCAGGUGGUCUUGAUUUAGACGGAAAUCGCUAUCCAGAUAUGGUGGUUGGAUCUUAUGAGUCAGGAACAGCUAUGUUUUUCCGAUCAAGACCUGUAAUAAAGAUGGUUCCUCAAGAUACAUUUGUGGAGUUUGGAUCUUCCUCCAAAUUAAUAUCUCUGGAUGACAAAGAAUGUACCUUGUCUGAUACAACACGUGUUACAUGUCUUCCGCUGAAGGCUUGUUUCAAAUACACUGGCGAUGGAGUGUCUUCUACAUAUGAAUUUAAUGUUCAGUAUGUUCUCGAUGUAAAGAAGACAAAGAGUCCUCGACUUUUCUUUUUGGAACAUGAAGGAAGAAAUACCUUAAAUCAUACCAUAACUGUUGAUCGCAAUGAACAAUUCUGCCGGACUGUAAGGGUGUACGUUACUCCAAGCAUCCGUGAUAAAUUAACUUCUUUAGAUGCGGAGAUGCGAAUGAGUCUUGCAGAAGAACGCUGGUCAGAUAAGCGUCCACGCGAUCCACGCAUCCUUCUCAGGCCAGUACUCGCGACGACCUCAUCGAAAAAGGAUACACUAUCUAUCCGCAAGAAUUGUGGUCCCGACAAUAUCUGUACGCCAGAUCUACAGCUAACUGUUACACCCAGUGUCACCAAGUAUCUCUUUGGCUCAGGCAAACCUUAUGAGCUUGAAAUAUAUAUUAAAAAUGCCAAUGAAGAUGCAUUCGAAGCAACCUAUAAUCUUAUUCUGCCUCCCGGCGUUAAUUACAUCAAGAUUAAAAGGAUUGACAAGGGAGAAAUUCCAGUACAAUGUUCAGCCCCAAAACAAUCAAAUAAUAAUACUCUCAAAUGUGAUAUUGGUAAUCCUUUAUCUAAAGGAAACCUUGUGCAUUUUAUUGUGUUCUUACAACCUAUCGACGUUCAUAAUGAAAAAUCGACAUACGAAUUUGAGAUGAAUGUUAAUUCAACUAACCCAGAGCCUACUGAAACGACGAGUGAUAACAUUCGACAUACGUCUCUUGAAAUUUGGGUAGAAACAGAUUUACUCAUCGAAGGAGAAAGUAAACCCAAAGACUUAUAUUAUGAUCCCGAUAAUUAUACGAUUAUUAACGCAACAACAGACGUUGAGUAUGGACCAGCAUUUACACAUAAUUACACAAUAAGAAACCAAGGUCCAUCAAGAAUUGAAGAGGCAGAAGUAUUCCUGAUUUGGCCAGCAGCAACUUUAGCCAAGGACGAUUUAGUUUAUUUGUUGGAACAGCCCGAAACGACAGGACCAUUAAGCUGUGCUACCGCCAACGCAAAUCCAUUAAGUCUCAAACUUGAACAACGGCGAAAACAGUAUUCAUAUUAUUCUACAACAUCGGGAAUUGUUCAUGAGAACUUAGCAGGUUCUAGAAAGAAUAUUAAUGUUCAUACAGGUUAUGAAUUUUCAACAGAGAAAAGUAAUUUUAAUAAAUACAUUGAAAAAGCACAGACUACUUAUCAUCAAGGCGGUAGUUGGAGUGGUGGAUCUUCAAAGGUUACGUCAUCGACACAUGGAGAAUCCAAUGUUAAUGAAAGUAAUAACAAGGGAGUGAUAAUUCAUGAAUCUGGAGGUAGCACUCAUGGAUUGGGUCAUGAUUCUAUUGGAAUAGUUCAUGUAUCUAAAGAUCAAGGUCUUUUAGGAUCUGCUGAUCUAUCAAACGAUAACAAUCAAAAAACGUGGCAAAGUCAUAAAUUUAGAGAGCAAAAUAAAACUUACGCUAUUUAUGGUGGAUCAGGCGAAAGAGAUUCAACAGUUGACAGUGAAGAAAUAAACAGAAAUGUUGAAGUAGAACAGACGUACGAUGAUAAAAGAUAUUUCAAAAAUUUAGAAGAAGAAAAGAUACGUCAAAGAAAUAAAGAAAGACUUUUGGAAGAGCAAAGAAGAGCAGAAGAAAAAAAUAUACGUAACAAAGAAUAUGUUUAUGGAACCGAGAGACACUAUGAAAAUGAAAAUACUUAUACAUCUAGUGGACCAGAGAUAGCGCAUAGACUUAAUUUUACUCAAGAUACUGAAAAUUAUCUCAAUUCAUUGUCACGUACUUUAGGAUAUGAUAACUAUUAUAAACAAGGCAAUAGAUAUCUUCAGUUUCUUGGUAGAGUCCGAGUAUCUGAAGAUGGUAAAGAGUAUAUUGAAUUUAAAAAUGGCCUGAUAUUCCCUCUUAGAGAUCGUUAUGGAGAACAAAGUUACUUUACUCAGUCGAGUACAGUGGAUCGUAGUUUUAAAAAAAUUGAAGCUCAAAUAAUUCAAGGAGAUGAUGGUCAAGUUUACUGUCGUCUUGCAGAUGACCGACAAUUUCCUCUACAAAGUUCGUGGUCUUACACAGAGACGAGAACAUAUAAUGUUGGAGGAAGAUCAGGUGAUUCAGCCAGUUAUGGAGAUAAAGAGUUUAUUGAAGGAACUCUUAAGACUCAUGAUAGUUCAUGGAAGCAACAGACUGCUGGAGAAGAAAUCGAGACUCAUAAAACUCAAACGCAUCAUGAAAAAAAAUAUAUGUCUGAACGACGACAUGGUACCAAGGUUUAUAGUCAAGAAGCGGAUGCUUAUGGCAAAAUUCAAAAUUAUGAAGAUGGUCAUUCGAGAUAUGAAAGAAGUGCAGAAAAUACUUAUAAAUUAAGACAAUACCAAAGUCAUGCAGAAAUGUAUCAAGGAGAUGGGAUAUUGUUUGACCCAGAUGAGGAGUCAGAGAGUGAGUCUGAAAAAAUUUUACCUUUGUGUGAAGCUGCCAGGUGUGUUCGGCUAAAAUGUACAUUGGGUAGACUGGAAAAAGAUGAAGAGGUUUCAAUAAGUGCUAGAUAUCGAAUAAAAGGAACCACGUUGAAAAAAGUUGCACUUAAUGAACCGGUCAAGAUAUCCACACAGUUGGUUGCAAGAAUUACAAAACUGCCAUUUAUUGGUAAACCUGCCGAAGAAAUGGUUAAAAGUCAUGAAAUGUAUACGAAUGUUGAACCAACUGUUCGUCUGGCUGAAUCAGAUACUGUUCCUUUGUGGGUUGUUGUUUUGUCUGCGUGCGCAGGAACGGUUAUUUUACUGCUACUGAUCUUCCUACUUUAUAAGUGCGGAUUUUUCAAGAGAAAUCGGCCAAGCGAUGUACCAGAGCGGCAGCCUCUAAAUAGAAAUGGCCAUUUUCAUGGGGAUGAUCAUCUAUGAACAAAAAACCAACUGGUUUAUUAGUAAUAAAAUUGUAAAUUUAUAUUCAACAAUGUGCCUUGGCUCUUAGCUACAGUAACUAUCGAGAGAAACAUAAUCUCAACAAUAUAGUCGCAUAAUAAUCAUACAAGUGUUGAGUUCACGGAAAAACUAAAAAUUAAUUUAUUGUAAUUAUUGCGAAAAAGGUUCGCCAGUGGCCGGGAACUUCUUAUCAAUAAAUAUAAAAAACGAUUAUGCUUAGGAAUAGCUAUUUUAUAAUAAUCGAAGCAAUAAAAAUUAUUAUAACUGCCAAGAAAAUACUCUUGACAGCUCCUGCAGUUGAAUUCUGCAAGUUUCUAGUCAGAAACAUUAUAAUCAUAAUGACUUAAAUUGUAUAUGUAUUAUCUAAAUAUUUUUCAUUACCUUUCAUUAACAUCUAUUUUAUAUUUUUUUAAUUAAUGAAACACUUGUUAACUGCAGGAGCUCAUGGCAAAAAGUUCGAAUAAUCUUUGCCUAACAAUAAAAUAAAUAAUAUUUUUAAUACGAUUUUUAUUUUUAAAGAACAUUAGUUGCAGGUUAACAAAUAUUAUUGUUUCAUUAGUAGGAAUUUAAUGAAAUUAUGUAUA